AGUAAUCACACUUGUGCCGGUCUAUACACUUCGUUAAAACAUAUGUCAAUAUAUUUUUCAGUUAUUAAAAUUAAAUAUUAUAUUAUUUAAUGAAAAGUUUAAAAAACUUGUGAUAGUUAUUAUCCAAAAAUUUAGUUGAGAUCAAUAAAAACAUGAGGAAAUGACGUUUACUUCAUCUCAUCCUCGUCAUCAUUGUUUUUAAAUGUAAACAAAAUUAUUUAAAUAUAAAUUGACAAUUGUAUUUAAUAAAUAUUCUAUAAAACAAUGAUAGUUUUUAUUUUAUAUUAUCAAUAAAAUUUAGUAAUAAUUUAGAUAUAUAAAAUAAAAACAAAAGGUGAAAGGCGUGGAAAAUAUAUUGCGAAAUGGAGGACGAUGAAUUUUCAGGCUCAGUGUUACUUAGUACAUUUAUUAUUAAAAAAAAAAGAUGUAGGGUUUACUUUCACCGUAGUACUCUAAUCUGGGAAACUGAAAAACAACCUUACACAAGAUGGACAUUGUCAUUAUCAGACACACUAGCAGUAAACUACAGUGAUGAUUUUGUACCAAUAACAUCAACAAAAGAAAAAGAUCCAAAUCCACUACGAUCAUCAUUACCAUCAAGUUUUGUUCUUCAUUAUGCUGCACGUGGACCUAAAAAUAUUUGGAGUCAUCAUUCUGUUGUUAUGAGUCACAGUGAUCCACGACAAGUUGCAUCCUGGGUUAAAACAAUUAGAAAUUGUCUUUUAUGUAUUAGUCAUCGUCCAAGAAGAAUACUUGUAUUUGUAAAUCCAUAUGGUGGAAAAAAAAAAGGACCAAAAAUAUGGGAAAAACAAGUACAGCCAUUAAUGAAAAUUGCUGGUGUUGAUACAAUGACUAUUGUCACUGAAAGAGCUGGACAUAUACAUGAUACAUUGUUAAAUACAAAUUUAGAUGAUUUUGAGGCAGUUGUUUGUAUUGGUGGUGAUGGUACAUUUGCAGAAGUAUUUAAUGGUUUAAUACUACGUGCUGUUAAGGAUAAUCAUAUUGAUUCAAAUGAUCAAAAUGUUGUAUUACCAAUACCAAAAAUACCAGUUGGUAUUAUACCAAGUGGUAGUACAGAUACAGUUGCAUAUAGUUUACAUGGAACAACUGAUGUACAAACAGCAAUAAUACAUAUUAUAUUUGGUGAUACAACUGGAUUAGAUAUAUCAUCUGUUCAUAGUGAUAAUGAAUUACGUAGAUUAUAUGCAAGUGUAUUUAGUUAUGGUUAUCUUGGUGAUGUUAUUGAAGACAGUGAAAAAUUUAGAUGGAUGGGACCACAACGAUAUGAAUAUUCAGGCUUUAAAAAAAUAAUUGCCAAUAAAGGAUAUGAGGGAGAAAUUGAACUUUUAUCAGAUCCAUGUCAUCCAGCAGAAAGUAUAAGAUGUACAAAUAAUUGUACACGAUGUAUUCGUCAUAUGCAUAAUGCCAAUCGUGAUAUCGCAAUUGCCAGACCAGUUAAAGUUAGUGGUAAAUUUUUUAUGGUUAAUGGUGCAAAUAUAUCCUGUGCAUGUUCAAAAUGUCCACAGGGUUUUAGUCCACAUUGUCAUAUUGGUGAUGGUUGUGUUGAUGUUAUUCUUGUUCGACACACAUCACUUUUUAAUAAUAUUAAAAUGCUCUUGCGAUUAAAUAGUAAAAAUAAAAAUCUUUAUGAUUUGCCAUUUGUAGAGGUUUACAGAGCACGUGAAUUUAGUUUUCGAGCAACACCUGAAUCAUCGUCAAACGAUGAAAUUAAUAACAGUAGUAUUGGCUCAAAAAUGAGUGUUUGGAAUUGUGAUGGAGAAGUAUUUAAAAAUGUCAACGUUAGAAUAAGAGUACACUGCCAAUUGCUAAAAGUAUUUACAAGACGAUUACACGAGCCUCUUGUUAACAUAAAAACCUGUUGUUUUCCAUAAAAUCUCAAUUUAUAAGAAAAAAAAACAAAUUAAUUAUUUAUUUCAAGAAAAUUAAACUCUCAAAUUAAACCGACAUAAUAAUAAUCAAAGAGUAUAAACGGUCAAUGAAACUCACUCACAAUUUAGUUCGAUUAUUUAAUAAUAUACGGUAUAAAAAGAAAAAAACAAAAAGAUAUUUUUGUACUUAAAUUCAACAAAGUAGGUAUUUAUAAAUUUGAGUAUUAUGUUUUAAUUUAAAUUUAAGUAGAAUAAUAAAUUGAAAUUUAUUUUGCAUUUGACGCAAUCAUAUCAUGAGGAAAAAAAGAGUAUAAAAAAUUAUUUAAAUAAAUAAAAAUUAGUAAUUUCUGUUUCGAAGGAAUUGACAAAAUAAAAAAUAUUUAGUUUGAUAAUUUUUUAUCAACAUAUAUAUAAUAUAUACAUAUAAAUAAAAAGGAAAUAUAAUUAUUAUUUUAAAUUGACAUGUAAAUAAAUUUUUUAAUUACUAUUAUUUAUCUAAUUAUAAUUUUAUCAGAGUGAGGGACAAAUAUUGUGAUAAAAAAAAAAAUAAAACAAUUAAAUAUUUAAGUAAUUAACAUAUGUAUAUUUAUUAUUCUGAAUGUGCUAAGUAAUCUAUUAAUAAAUAUAAUUUACAAUAAUAA